AUGCUGUCAAGAAGUAUAGCCACCGCCAGCCGCAUGGUGCCCGCUCGGGUCUUGCGGCCUCGUGCGCAUCCUCUUGUCAUGCUUCCCUCGAUGAUGCAGACCGUUCGCACUUACGCCGAUUCCGUCAUCAAGGUCCCCCAGAUGGCCGAGUCCAUCUCUGAGGGUACUCUCAAGCAGUUCUCCAAGAGCAUUGGCGAUUACGUUGCGCAGGAUGAGGAGAUUGCUACCAUUGAGACCGACAAGAUCGAUGUUGCUGUCAACGCUACAGAGUCUGGUACCAUCAAGGAGUUCCUUGUUGGUGAGGAGGAUACCGUUACCGUUGGCCAAGAUCUCGUCCGUAUUGAACUCGGUGGUGAACCAUCUGGCGACAAGAAGGAGGCCCCCAAGGAGGAGCCCAAGAAAUCCGAAUCCGAGUCGAAACCUGAAUCAAAACCUGAGCCUAAGCAAGAAUCUGCUCCCGAGCCCAAGAAGGAAUCCGCCCCUGCUCCCAGCAAGCCUGAGCCUCCCAAACAGCCCGAGAAGAAGGAGUCCAAGUCUGGAUCUUCCGCCUCAAGCGGUCCUUCCAUGGGCAACCGUGAGGAGCGUCGUGUCAAGAUGAACCGCAUGCGCCUCCGAAUUGCCGAGCGUCUCAAGCAAUCCCAGAACACUGCUGCUUCCCUGACCACCUUCAACGAGGUCGACAUGUCCAACAUCAUGGAGUUCCGCAAGCUCUACAAGGAGGACGUCCUCAAGAAGACCGGUGUCAAGCUUGGAUUCAUGAGCGCCUUCUCCCGAGCCUGCGUUCUUGCCAUGCGCGAUCUGCCUGCCGUCAACGCCUCCAUUGAGGGACCCAACGGCGGCGACACCAUCGUCUACCGCGACUACGUCGAUAUCAGCGUUGCUGUCGCUACCGAGAAGGGCCUCGUGACUCCUGUUGUCCGCAAUGUUGAGUCUCUGGACAUGGUCGGUAUCGAGCAAUCGAUUGCCGACAUGGGCAAGAAGGCUCGCGAUAACAAGCUGACCAUCGAGGACAUGGCUGGCGGUACUUUCACCAUCAGCAACGGUGGUGUCUUCGGCUCCCUUAUGGGCACCCCCAUUAUCAACCUUCCCCAGAGCGCCGUUCUCGGCCUCCACGCCAUUAAGGAGCGCCCCGUCGCUGUUAACGGCAAAAUCGAGAUCCGACCCAUGAUGUACCUUGCUCUCACCUACGACCACCGUCUGCUGGAUGGCCGGGAGGCUGUGCAAUUCCUUGUCAAGGUGAAGGAGUACAUCGAGGAUCCCAGAAGAAUGCUCCUCAUAUAG